AUGCUCGUACAUGCGCGUGCCCCCAUGUGCGUCGCUUCUUUGCGCCAGCCGCUCUACCUAUUCCGACACGGCACCAGCAGAGCAGCCAGCCUGCGGCACUACGAGCAGCACUACCUUGGGUAUGGACAGCACUAUGAGCGGGCUGCGGCGAUGAUGCGACGGCGGCUGCUCCCUUGCGAACCCUCGUCUCCAGCCGCACGGCUCCCGUCUCGCAAGGGCCUCGGCGCAGCCACGCAGCUGAAAGCUGAGGACCAGGCACAGGAACGGGCACGCCAGAGCCCUGCAAGGAUGCGCUGCCAUUGGUCUUGCAAACGGGGGGGCCGUAUCUGUACCGUCGCUGUGGCAUCCCUCAUGCACCUUGUGCAGAUGCCCUACAUGAAAUUGAUUUACCGGUGGUCUACGAGGUACUGGGUAGGUUUGUAUCCUGUACCCUUGGGCGUGCGCGUUGUUGUCAUGGCAGGACGGAUUGGGUCCAUUGCCGCAGCUGAGACGGCUGCCUCUCUCUGCUAA